GAUGGCGGAGAGCAAAUUAAUAUUGGCCAUCCGUGGUUUGCCAGUCAUAAAGAUGGCGGUGGACAUUCGGUUAGCAACGGCGCGAAAGCCCGUUUCUUUACCGGCUGAAGUUAAUAAACAUCUGGUAUCACCGGGAGACACGAUCACGACAGAUACCGGUUUUAUGAGAGGCCAUGGUACAUACAUGGAAGAUGAAAAGCUCAUUGCAUCGGUUGCUGGGGCUGUAGAAAGAGUGAACAAGCUGAUAUGUGUCAAGCCACUUCAAACAAGAUAUAAUGGAGAAGUUGGUGAUGUGUAAUCUGGAAGGGUGAUGAAGGUUCAGCAGAAACGAUGGAAGGUGGAAACUCACUCCAGACUAGACUCGGUGCUCCUCCUCUCUUCUGUUAAUCUUCCUGGAGGAGAACUGAGAAGAAGGUCUGCCGAGGAUGAGCUGAUGAUGAGGGACUACCUGCAGGAAGGAGACCUGAUCAGUGCAGAGGUACAAGCUGUGUUCGCAGAUGGUGCUUUGUCCUUGCAUACCAGGAGUCUGAAGUAUGGAAAGCUGGGACAAGGUACCCUCGUGCAAGUCUCCCCUUCCCUUGUAAAACGUCGAAAAACCCAUUUUCACAACCUGCCUUGUGGCGCAGCCAUCAUCCUUGGAAAUAACGGCUAUAUUUGGAUUUAUCCAAUCACUGAACAGAAGGAGGACGAAGCAGGAGGGUUUGUGACCAAUUUUGAGCCAGUUUCGUUAUCGGACAGAGAGGUGAUCUCACGACUCCACAAUUGCAUCUUAGUCCUGAGUAUUCACAAGAUGAUGCUUUAUGACACAAGUGUUCUCUAUUGCUAUGAGGCAUCACUGCAUCACCAGAUUAAAGAUAUUUUGAAGCCAGAAAUAAUGGAAGAAAUUGUGAUGGAGACAAGGCAACGCUUGAUCAAUCAAGAGGGCUAAUGUCAGUCACAUAUUUCCUUUUUGUUAUUUUUGUAAAAUAUUUUGAAUAAAAUAUUGUAAUAUACUG